CAAAAAUUUGAAAUAAACAUGACUGAGUUCUUGGAAGACAAAAGUAGAUUAAAAAAAAAAAUGUGGUAUGAAUUUCAAACAAAACUGGUUUGGAAACCCGUGAUUUUCAUGACAGUUUUGCAUCUUGUGUCUUUAUAUUACUUUGUUACUUUUCCGUAUUGGCAACAACUUGGAGUAUUUAUGUUUGCAUUUAUUAUUUCUUCAUUCGCGAAUUUCGGAGUAACCGCUGGGGCUCAUCGGCUGUGGACACAUCGUGCAUACAAAGCGAAAACUCCGCUUAGAAUUAUUCUUGCGGUUUUCUUUUACAUGGCCGGACAGAAUAGUAUUCAUUAUUGGGUGAGAGACCACAGAGUUCACCACAAGUACACCGACACGCCAGCAGAUCCUCAUGAUAACACUCGUGGUUUUUGGUUCAGUCACGUGGGCUGGUUGGUGAUGAAAAGACGACCAGAAGUAUUUCAACGCGGAAAAAAAAUCGACAUGAGUGACAUUUUGAACGAUCCAGUGGUUCAGUUCUUCGAUAGACACAGUUUCAUUUUUACGAUACUACUUACCAUCGUACUUCCAAUUGUUAUUCCCGUUUACAUAUUUGGUCACAGCUGGAAAUGGACAAUAAUAGCUCAAAUAUUUAUGCGUUACCCCUGGUGUUUGAAUGCUACCUGGUCGGUUAAUAGUUUCGCUCAUAUGUUUGGAUAUCACAGUUACGACAAAAAUAUAAGGCCAGCAGAAAACAUAUUUGUAAGUUUUGUUGCUGCAGGUGAAGGGUGGCAUAAUUAUCACCACACUUUUCCUUGGGAUUACAAAACAUCUGAAUUUAAAAGUUUCUUCUUUAACAAUACAACCAACUGGAUCGAUCUGUUUGCGAAAAUUGGUUGGGCUUAUGACUUAAGACAAGCAAGUCCUGAACUAAUAAAACUUACUGCUGAAAGAAGAGGUGAUGGAACACAUCCAAAUGAUGUCGGGAAAUCAAUCAACUAA